AUGGCAAAGCUAACUAUGAAGGAAAAGAGCCAGCAAUUCAUAGAAUACAAGGAAGGAAGCAGAGUCUCAAACAGGGAGAAAGCACCACAUCAAACAGCAGAGGUUGAAACCAUUAUCAUCGAAGAGACGAACGGAGAGGCUACAGAUCAGGGGGAAGAAGACAAAGAAAAAGGAAAGAAAGUAGAUAAGGAUUUAAAAGAACAGAAGAAGGACAAAGAUAAAAUAGAGGACGAGGAGGAAUCUCAACUUCAGAAAAAUCAAAAGAAAUGGAAGAGGAUGGCAAGAGAAGCUCCACUAAGAAUAACAUGCCAGAAAACUAAAGAGCCAGAACAAAAUAAAAAGAGGAAAGAAGAAGACACAGAAAUGGAGGACAGGGAGAUGGGAGGCAGCAGCAAACGCUACCAAGCAAGGAGCAAAAAUACACAGGCAGAGGCUGCAGGGCAGCCCUGCCAAAUCCCAUGA